UGCAACGUGCCACAACCACAACUCAAAACAAAAAGAAAAAGAAAAAAACAGAGCAUAUUCCGUGUGUGUGUCCAGACCAAAGAAAAACUAUAAUAUCUCCAAUAAUAACUCGAAAGAAAAUGGUGAAAAGUGUUUGCGAAAUGGAAUUCAAGAGCAACUUCUCCAUCGAUGCCAUUCUGGCCAAGAAACCCACAAACAAAACCACAUCGACAGCCACAUCCACAUCCACGCCGAUGCACACCAUCAAGCAUGAGCCGAUGGCCCUGCCACACCAUCACCAUCACCAUCAUCAUAAUCAUCACCAGUAUGUGCAUCCGUAUGGCAACUCUGAUGGUGAGCUCUCGGCCUCGGAGGACUUCGACAGUCCCUCCCGCACCAGCACACCGAUGAGCAGUGCCGCCGAGUCCCUGUCCUCGCAGAACAACGACAAGCUCGAUGUGGAGUUCGACGACGAGGAGGAUCAGCUGGAGGAGGAGGAGAGCGAGGGCGAGAGCAACCCCAGCAAGAAGCAGAAGAUGAGCAGCUGCAGCAGCGACACCAAGAAGCCCCCCUACAGCUACAAUGCGCUCAUCAUGAUGGCCAUCCAGGACAGCCCCGAGCAGCGGCUGACCCUCAAUGGGAUCUACCAGUACCUGAUCAACCGCUUCCCCUACUUCAAGGCCAACAAGCGGGGCUGGCAGAACUCCAUCCGCCACAACCUCAGCCUCAACAAGUGCUUCACCAAGAUCCCGCGCAGCUACGACGAUCCCGGCAAGGGCAACUACUGGAUCCUGGACCCCUCUGCCGAGGAGGUGUUCAUCGGAGAGACCACUGGAAAGCUGCGCCGCAAGAAUCCCGGCGCCAGUCGCACCCGCCUCGCCGCCUACCGCCAGGCCAUCUUCUCGCCCAUGAUGCCCAGUGGCUAUGGGGGCCCCGCGCCCGGCUAUGGCUACCCCGGAGUGCCCUUUGCCGGAGCUGCUGCCGCCGCCGCCGCUGCCGCUGCUGCACUCUACCAGCGCAUGAAUCCCGCUGCCUAUCAGGCGGCACUGCACCAGCAGAUGCAGUACCAGGCUGCUGCCGCUGCACCCACCCAUCAGCAGUCGCCGCAUCCCGCCCAGCUGCAGGGCUACGCACCGCACAUGAGCGCCGAGCUCUUCCAGCGGAUGCAGUUCUUCGGCAAGUUCCCCAGCAGCUAAGGUGUGCCCCCGGUGCUGCAACGCCCAGCGCUUUGGAUCCACGGGACAAGGCUUUGCCAAGCCGCCGCCGUCACACAGUGGGGAGUGGGAGCGGGAGUGGCUCCUGCUGCCCCCUCCCCCAUCUCCUAUGACGUCUAAAUGCUGCAUUUAGCAAAUUCUUUCGGCCAUUUAUUAUACAUAUUUGGUCUUCAGCGGGCCCCCGCAGUCGGCCUGGAAAGUCGACAAGAAAAGCCAGAAAAAACUUUUUGGCCCGCUUCGGUUGAGGGCUCUGCAGCCCCCCGCCUUCUGGUGCCGAAUCGUCUUACGUUUUACGAUGGGCGCUUUUGUGGUUUGGCUGCAAAUUUUGUACAUAACUUAGACAAAUAUUUACCCAUGAAAAUCACAAAAUUAAAA